CAACGGUUUCCUCACGAUUCUGGGUUGUGCAUGUCUAGUUGUGGAAAAGAAACAGGAACUUUUGACUUGAUUUCUACGUGCUGUACAUCAGUUGUCUUUUAACUUCACGGUUGGAGCAAGGCGGCUGUUUACUCAGUAUAUCGGAAGAGAGACUGUGAUGGAAACAGCGGAGGAGGUGAACGUUUCGAAAGGGGCAGACGUGGCAGCAAAGGGUGAAGCUGCGAUCAAACCAGAAUUCCUUACAACCAAAGACAAGUUUCAUGGGUUGUUAGACUCAGAGUGGCAGGGCUCAAAAAGAGAGAAAGCCAGUGAAAGUGACACAGUUGAUGAUUCAAAGGAGACUUCUUUGGAGGAACCUGAACCUAAAAGGCUGAAACCAAAUUUUGAGGGUAGACCAGAUGGCAAGCGUCUUCGGGGACAGAAUAAGUCAAGGCCGCACACAAAGCCCACAGCCUACGAUGAAAAACGACUUUGUCACUCAAUCAUUCAGAACAAAGAAUGCCCCUUUGGAGCAAAGUGCUUCUUUGAUCAUGACAUUGUCAAGUAUAUGGACUCUAAGCCUCCCGAUAUCGGGGAGACCUGUCACAUCUACGAAACAUUUGGAAAAUGUGCCUACGGUUUGUCCUGCCGCUUCGCCAAGGCCCACACUACGUCUGACUUCAAAUCCAUGGAGAAGGCCGAUCUGGUCAAGGUGUAUGAAGGCAGGACUAUGGUGAAGAACAACAUGAGUAAGGAGCUCCAGGGUCGCCUGAGGAAGCGAUCGGUGUCCUUCGAAAAGUCAGAAAAGUACCUGAAAACACUCUCAGACAACAAAGAUAAAGGAGCACAGCAAGGUAACGCCGGAGAAAAACAGCCUGUUUCUACUGAAGUACAGACCAGCUCAGAUAAACAGCCUGCUCCAGUGAAGACCGUCGGCCCGUUGACUGAUGCCGAUGUCAUCAAGCUGCGCCCAUGUGAAAAGAAGCAGGUGGAUUUUCAAGACAAGCUCUAUCUCGCCCCUCUAACAACUUGUGGAAAUCUGCCUUUCCGUCGCGUGUGUAAGCGCUUUGGUGCAGACAUCACAUGUGGGGAGAUGGCCAUGUGCACAAAUCUGCUGCAGGGGCACCAGUCCGAGUGGGCCCUCCUGAGGAGACACGAAAGUGAAGAUGUGUUCGGUAUUCAGGUGGAGGGCAGUUUCCCCGACACAAUGACGAGGUGUGCAGAGCUCAUCAACAACAACACUGAAGUUGAUUUUGUGGACAUCAACUCUGGGUGUCCCAUCGAUCUCGUAUACAACAAGGGUGGAGGCUGUGGCUUGAUGACACGUACCAGAAAAUUUGAACGAAUAGUCAAAGGAAUGAAUUAUGUCCUUGAUGUCCCUCUAACAGUCAAGAUCCGCACCGGCGUUCAGGAAAAGUCUAACAUAGCACACAAGCUCAUCCCAGAGAUGAAGAAUUGGGGCGUCUCAAUGAUUACAUUGCAUGGCAGAUCCAGAGAGCAGAGAUACACAAAGUUAGCCGAUUGGGACUAUAUCACAACAUGUGCAAAGCUGGCUAGCCCCAUCCCACUUUUUGGUAACGGAGACAUUUUGUCCUAUGAGGAUGCAAUGAAAGCGAAAGAGACCGGAGUUUCUGGGAUUAUGAUUGCAAGGGGUGCUCUCAUUAAGCCUUGGAUCUUCACUGAAAUCAAGGAGAGCCGACACUGGGACAUUUCGUCCAGUGAGCGACUGGACAUCCUAAAGGACUUCAGCAACUUUGGCCUGGAGCACUGGGGCUCCGACACUAGGGGCGUGGAGAGGACACGUACCUUCUUGCUUGAGUGGCUCUCCUUCUUGUGCCGAUAUAUUCCAGUGGGCCUGUUGGAGCGAGUGCCUCAGAAGAUCAAUGAGAGACCUCCGUACUACAUGGGCAGGAACUAUUUGGAGACACUGAUGGCCAGUCAGAACGUAGAGGACUGGAUCAGGAUAAGUGAAAUGCUGCUUGGACCCGUACCCAAGAAUUUUGAAUUCUUGCCUAAGCAUAAAGCCAACUCCUAUAAGUGAUUUUUUUUGUUCGACUAUUACAAUCAUCAAGAUUUGUGGGUUUUUUUUCUUCUUUUUCUAAAUUGUUCAAGAGAUCAAGCUCAAAGAGAGAAGAUAUUUUAUGUUUUAAGUGAUAAAGACUCUAGAAUAAUCUGUUUAUUUGACCUGUGUUGCAGUAGAAACAUAUAGCGGUUUUCAUGCAAUUGAGUGCAAAU